CUUCUCGCGAGACUUCCAUAGUGCACGAGAAUUGUGAAAAUGGCACAAGCAGUGAACGAAAACACACAUGGAUCUCAGACAGAAUCAGAACAGCGUCUUCCAGACGUCUUUGAUGACAUUUGGAAGUUAUAUGAAUCUGUGGAUAAUACCCAAGAAUCUACUAGUUCCAUGGUCAUCCAAGGCAAAGUAAAGGAAGGCAUUGGUUUAUGUGAAAAAGCUAUACUGAUGAUAAACCAACUCACUCUCUUCAGUGAGAACGAGGAACUGCAAGAAGUUGCAACACAAGACAUAAAAUAUUUAGUAGUUCCAGCCAUAUUAGCCUACUUCACCAAUCUCCAGACCAAAGGAGACAGACAAGAAAUUGUGGCAAAGGCUCAGUUGGCUGUAUAUUAUUAA